AAAAGGUAAUUGAAACCAAUCUAAAGCUCCUUUUUCCAUUAUUCUAAAAGUAGAUCCGAUUAUUGCUAACUUAAGCAUCGGAGUGUUUACCCCUAGGACCUACCUCGGGGCUUUGCAGGUUCAUCCAAAGUGAAAAGGUGGACUGAAGAAGGACCUCUGGUUUGGUGCAAUUACAUUGGCACCGUCUGUGGUAAACCAAACUAAAAGCUCCUUUGUUGCUUUCUCAUCAUGGUCAACACUCGAUCUGUCCGAGCUGGAAAUCAGGCUCAACCUCUUAGACAAGGUCAAGAAGGGGGAGAUGAAAAUCGACCUCACAACUCAGCCCACAAUUCAGCUUCCACUCAUAAUCAAGGAGAUGUAGUCACAACUCAGCUUGCUGCUAUGCAACAACAAUUUGGUGUUUUCCAAUUAGUUUUGGCUCAACUUUUAGCUCGAAAUAAUCCUGUUCAACAUGCUCCUGCUCUUAGUGAGUCUCAGGGUCAGUCUCAUGUAGCCCCAGUUCAACAACCUUUACCUGAUGAUGUCACACGACGUUUGGACAGCUUAGAAAAACUGGUAGUCGAGCAGCAAGGUGCCUCACCUCCACACCAUAACACUGAUUCCAUACCUCAUCCUCUAAACACUAAUAUUACAUUGGAACCUUAUCCCGCUGGUUUCAAAAUACCUCAGCUUGAGACAUAUGAUGGGAUGAAAGAUCCAGAUGAUCACCUCCAUGCCUUCUACUCCUGUAUGCAGGCUCAGAAUGCUUCUGAUGCGUUGAUGUGCAAAAUUUUUCUCUCCACUCUCCGUGUCCUUGAAGUUAGCUCAUUCAACCAAGCUGUGGGAAUUGCAGCUAUAAUUCAAAGUCUCCAGCACGAAAGAUUCAGAGAUAGCUUAAUUAAGCAUCAUGUUGCCACUUUUAAUGAGAAAGCGAAUGAAGACAGUCCAGAAUCGAGAUCCGAUGUCGACCUCCACAUCGAGAUUCAAAAAGCCAAACUCAGUACCCCUCAGCAAAUUACCAAUAAAGCACCAGUUACAUGGACUCCUUUCAAUCUGUCAAGGUUGCAGAUAUUCAUGUGGAUCAAGAAUAAGAUGGAUUUAAGGCGACCAGGGUCGAUGAGAAGUUUUGCUGCUACACGUGAUCAUACUAGAUAUUGUGCUUUCAUCAAGAUCACGGGAGUGCACCAGACAUUAUGUAUUUUCACUGUUUUGAGAGUCUCGGACUGGAUCCAGCUUUGUUGCAGAGUUGUCAAAAUGGCAUCCUUUUUCAAUGCUGUUAUCGGACGACCCACAUUAACCGAGAUCCGAGCUGUAGUCUCUCAAUCUCGUCUUUGCAUGAAGUUCCCAACCUCUAUAGGGAUAGCAACACUACGAGCUUCUAGAAAUGAGAGAUUAAGCCUCUUGGAUGCAUAUUCUGGUUACCACCAAGUGCCGAUGGCUCCGAAGGAUGAAGAGAAAAUACAGAGAUUAACUGGGAGGGUGGUAGCUCUUCAUCGGUUCAUAUUGAAGUUAGCAGAUAAGUGCUUACAAUUCUUCAAGAUCAUGAGAUCAACAGCGCAAAAGGAUGAAUCUAGCAAACAGAAGAUGUUUGAAUGGAACCCAAAAUGCCAAGCUGCAUUCGAUGAGCUGAAAUCUUAUCUUAGCUCACCCUUUUUGCUAAUAAAGGCUAUUGAUGGAGAAAUCCUCUAUCUGUACCUCGAUGGGUUAGUUCCUGAAGAUAAGCAAGUAGAGAUGAAGUUGAGGAAGAAAGCAUCUCGAUAUACACUUGUUGAUGGGGUCCUCUAUAAGAGAUCUUUCGCACUCAUUCUCCUACGAUGCUUGAAUCCUUAUGAAGCUGAGUACACACUUCGGGAGGUUGAAGCUCAACCACUAUCUAGUCUUACUUCUAAAAAGGUCGAAGACUUUGUUUUUGGCUCAAUUAUCUGCAGAUAUGGAAUCCCAAACCAGACUGUGGCUGACAAUGGUACUCAGUUUAACUGCUCCUUCUUCCGAGAUUUCUGCUCCAGUUACGAGAUCAAACUACAGUUUAUCUCGGUUUAUCAUCCGGAGUCUAAUGGAAUGGUAGAAUCUGUUUAAUAAAGCUAUCCUAGAAUGAAUAAAGCCGAGGUUGGAGC